AAACAAGGAAAAAAGACCGGUGGAAAAUCUAUAGUAGUAAGGGACAGGCUAGCUGCACCUGUCAAAUAUUGGGCCUUUCCCUUGUGCCCGAAAGGUAGGCUCUGAUAACUACACAUUUUGUAAAGGUACUAAAUACAUUGUUUAGUUUAAAAUAACUGAGUUGCGGAUAUCUGCGCGUGCAACGUAGCUGGGUCUCUGCUGCUUAGUUAGCCAACUAGCUAGCUAGCUAACAUCUGCUAAUCGAUAAUCAUGGACCAUAUUUCUUAGCACUGUUUAUUUAUUUUUAUUCUGAAGGUUAGCAGGUAGCUAGCUAGACUAACACUGUAGAUGCCUACAAUGGCGCGAGGGGAUGACUAAAAACUACAUUAAUACUAUUGAAUGGGGCUUUGUUUCCAGUGGUCCAGCUGAGCCAGUCUGAGAGGUACAAGGCAACAACAACAUGGGACUGCUGUCUGACCCAAACCGAAGGCGAGCCCUGACCAACCUUCUCACCCGUCUCAAUGCACCAAUAUGGUGAGUCCUUCCUGGCAGAAUAUCAAUGAUAGAGUAUUGAAGAAUUUGCUGGGGAAGUGGAAUGUAACAGGGCAUCCUCUUCAUGCACCUAAUCCACUUUGUACCAUUUACCUCUAACUGUGUAUGAUGCAAAUGCUUUGAACUGAUAUAAAGAUGUCUCCCCAGUGUUAUGUGCUACCUGGCGGGUGUGGCAUGGUUCAUGGGCUUGGCCUUCGAGCCGUUCACCCUGCGCACCUACAUGUCAGAGAACGCCAUGGGCUCCACUAUGGUGGAGGAACGCUUCCCAGCAGGCGAGAGGGCUCUGGCCACCGGCAGGGAGUUUGCUGCCCACAAGAAGAAAGUAGGGUGAGUCAGACUAAUAAGCCUUCGUCGUAUAGCCUAUCACUAGUGUUAGGAGUUUAUCUUGUUCAUGUGACCAGGAAAAACUCUCACCCCUAGUGAUCACUAACCCCAACUUUGGGAUUCAGUGCUUAUCCUACCUAUCACAAAUCCAGCUAUAAUAAUGAUAACCCCUCCCACAAUAUUCCUUCUGUGUUUCACCUAUUUUCUUCUCCCUUCCUCUCUUCUCUCCGUAGUGGGAUGCCGGUGGAUUGGCUGGUGAAGACCAUGCAGUCUCGAGGGCUUGAAGUGUUCACUCAGAGCUUCACCCGCAAGCUUCCCUUCCCAGAUGAAAACAAAGAGAGAUAUGUGAGUGUGGGCAGAGACAAAGAUGUCUACAUAUUAAACAUAAGCUCCUAUUUUAUCUUGGUGCACACACACACUCUCACACAGACACAUUCCUUCUCUGUAUCUCUACACAGGCUUUAAUUUCUUCUCUUUCUCUCACUCAUCCUUCUCUCUGUUUGUCUCGGUCAGAUGGUGCGGGGCACUAACGUGUAUGGGAUCCUGCGGGCCCCCAGAGCCCCUCGUACUGAAGCCCUGGUGCUGAGUGCCCCCUGUAGUGAGGGAAACAACAACAACCAGGCAGUAGGCCUUCUGCUGGGCCUCGCCCAGUACUUCAGGAGUAAGCAUACUACUAUUACUUACAUUUACACACAGACCAUUGCCAAAGCUUGAAUUGAUCUGUCAAUGAUUGGUCUCUUCUCAGGUCAGAUCCACUGGGCUAAGGAUAUUAUCUUCCUGGUGAAUGAACAUGACCUGAUCGGCAUGCAGGCCUGGCUGGAGGGAUACCACCACACCAACACCACUGGUCAGUACACUGGCAGUACCUGCAUCUCUGUAAUGAUGCAACAUUUACCUGGAGCUAACCCUGCAGAUAGCACUACUGGGUGAUCUGAAAAGUCAUAGUCAAUCGAUCAAUAAUAAUAAUAAUACUUUUAGCAAAAAUGUUUAUUUUCAAUUUACAAUCUGUAGAAACAAUGAGAAUAAAAGGGUUCAGAACUUUUGUGAAACAUCUCAGUACAGUUGAAAAAUAUAUGGCAAAUAGAAAUCCAAUAUGGAUGGUGUUAAGAGAUAGAUGGGAGGUGUUGACUGGAGCUGAAGGAUGGUACUAAUAACAACUAAUAACAACAAGAUAACUAAUGUAAAGCAUACUGUGGCCAUAAUAAGUAUAUAGGUUACAGGUUGAGAGCUUUUGUGAAAGAGCACAGUUAGAAAGAUAUGGCAUAUAGAAGCAAACCCGAUGGACAUCAUGAAAAUGAUUGGAGAGGUUGAGGGUGGAGGAGGUUCAGGAGUAAAAACAAACAAAAUGGAAUUAUUGUAAAAUUGACUGUGUAUAUAUUUAUAUAUAUAUAUAUAUAUAUAUUUAUAUAUAUAUAUUUAUAUAUUUGCAAAAAGAACAUGGGGGAUUGGAAGUGAUGCAGACAAUUACAUUGAUGGAAGUUACAAUCCAUCUGCAAUAUUAAAGCUGAUCUACCCCCAAAAUAUUUUGUGUUUUUUUUAAAAGUAAAAAUAAAUGAUGUAACCCUGUAAUGCACCAGUCGUAGAGACACCAUUAUGGACUCUGUAUGUAUUCUCAAUGUCUCUAUACCAGGGCUCUCCAAUCCUGUUCCUGGAGAGCUACCGUCCUGUAGGUUUUCCCUACAUUUCUAAUCUAGCACACCUGAUUCUAAUAAUUAGCUGGUUGAUAAACUGAAUCAGGUUAGUUACAGCUGUCCAGGAACAGGGUUGGAAAACCCUGUUCUAUAGAAUCAACCCUGGCACCACUGUGCCUCUCGCUGGAUCCCCCAGGUGGUGACUGGUCUCCACUGCAGGGAAGAGGUGGCUCCAUCCAAGCAGCUCUGUCUCUGGAGCUGAGCAGUGACGUCAUCACCAGUCUGGACCUGGUUCUGGAGGGGCUGAACGGCCAGCUGCCAAACCUGGACCUGGCCAACCUCUUCUACGCCUUCUGCCAGAAGAUAGGGGUCUUAUGUACCAUCCAGGGCAAGGUAGGGAAGAAAUCCAAAUGCCAGUACUUAUUGAGUAAGUAAGGUAUUUGACCUAGUUGCAGAAAGUACAUACUGUAGAUGUUUAAUGCUUUCAGAGAGGCCUAAUAAUAGCACACCAUAGACGUUUUGUCUUGUGACUUCCUCUAUGCCAGGUAAGGAGAAGCCAGUAAUGACAUGAUGUAAUAACAUGUUUAAUUGCCUGAUUGUCAUGCUGACUGUCCUCUCUCCAUCCAGCUCCAGAGGAACGACUGGGACACCACAUCGGGCUACAGCCACGCGGCCCAGACCAUGAUGUUGAUGGUGUUGAAGCAGGCCAGUGGGCGGCCCUGGGGGGACCACGGCCUGUUCCUCAGAUACCACAUAGAGGCCGCUACCAUCAGGGGCAUCAAUAGCUUCAGACAAUACAAGACAGACACCACCACCAUCGGCAGGUCAGCUACUGAUGUCCAAGCUUCAAUUCAGAUGAUCAGAAAACCUUUGAAUUCAUCUCUUGUCAUUUCUAUGGAGACAUUUUCACAGUGAAAAUUCCAUGGAAAUGAACCUCUGUGUGUGUCCCUCAGGCUCCUGGAGGGGAUGUACCGGAAGCUGAACAACCUCCUGGAGCGUCUGCACCAGUCCUACUUCUUCUACCUCAUGCCCUCGCUCUCUCGCUUCGUCUCCAUUGGUUACUACAUGCCCGCCUUCGGCCUGCUGGCUGUCAUUCUGCUGUUGCGUGUAUCCUUGCACCUCUGGGACAAUAGGGGAUUCUAUUUUUAUUUAACUGUUAUUUAACCAGGUAGUCCCAUUGAGGUCAGAAUACCUUUUUCCCAAGGAAGACCUGGCCAAGAGAGGUGGAAGGUUGAGAUGCGCUUGUGUUGGAAUUAAAUGGACAUAAAGGAUAUUCAUUUUGGUCUAUUCUCUAUAUUAGUCAAUUACAUAAAAAAUACAUUAGGUUAGUCAAAAGGCCUGAUGGGGGUUCAUGAUAUGCAUGCGUAGUUAAGCUGAAUGUUCAACUUAAUUAAAGAUGGAAUCCGCAGUAGGGGAAACAGUACCACUGUCCGCCCCAAUGCCGUUGUUAUUGUUUUUGUUUUGUGAAGGUGAGGAGCGUCGCACAACGUGGUAAAAAAAAUUGCAGUACAUUCUGCUCUUCAGCGCGCGUGCGAUGAUGUCCAUGGGGCAAACGGAUGUGGCAGUUUCACCAUUAAGGAUUCCAGCUUUAAGUCAUGAUGAGAUUGCGCUGCAUGAGGCUGUGUAUAUGUUGAUGAUGGUUUAAUGUACUGGUGCUCUGGUGCCUAUCAGUAUUGUCCUUAAUGGCAGUAACAGGCCUUAGACCUGUGGGUUCAGCUAGGCGCUUCUCCACCAGGAACAGAGGAGGGGCUGGCUGGGGGAGAGCAGGUCAGUCAUGGAGUAAUAAACAAGCUGUGUGUGUGUGUGUGUGUGUGUGUGCGCGCGCCUCUGGUACAUGUAUGUAAUGUGUAACUAUAGUAUCUACCUUUUUAUAUCUCUAGAAGUCAACAAAACCAAUUGGUCUAUGUCAGUAUAAUUGACUCUUUCCUCCGCUGUCUCCAUCAGCCCUCCAGCCCAGGGGUCCUGUCUAUCCUGACUCCAGUAGUGAUCAGUCACAUGACAGGGGUGGCUCUGUACACCCUCCCUAUCCUCUCUCAGGAGAUGGCUGUGCAGCACUUCCCUGUGUCUGAAACGGAAGCUGUGGUCCUCACUGCUAUAGCUAUCUACACAGCAGGCCUGGCCCUGCCACACAACACACACAGGUACACACACACACCCUCUCAUCUCUCUCACAUAUACAGACAUACAAAAACACAACCUGCAUCAGCCAUUUUAUCUCACAGACUAAAUAUGCAUAUAAUAUGCCAGGUUUGAAUUUUAAUUUAGGAGCACCAUUGUGCCUAGAACAAAAUCACCCAGAUGAUAAUUGUUGCAACGCUUACUUCACUGUACUUGUUACCUCAAAUAUUUUUAAUUGUGCUCCUACAUUUCUUUGUGUGCUCACAUGCUACUUGUAAAAAAGGUCAGCGUAGAGCCCUGCAAGGUUUUACGCGUAUUAUUAAAAUGUAUUUUAUCCGUCCACUGUGUCCACAUUGUGAGCAGAUUAUCUAGUGCCUCCCUGUAUGCAAAUUAUUUGACCGAAAUUCUUUCAAAAUAAUAUGAAUACAUUUAUUUUAAAUCAAUUACUGUAUUGUGAUACCUGUCAAUGAUUUUAGAGGAUGGUAUAAUGAUGAUUUAAAUGGUUUGAACAUCCAGAUCUGUUUACACUUCAUUGAUAUCCAGACACAAUGCAUGCCUGACUACCCACGGAGGUGGCCAGGAAGUUCUGAUCACAAUCAGAUCACGAUGUGUCUUUUAAUCGUUUACACCUGUCUAUAAUUUUGGUCACAAUCAGAAUGUGGACAAGAUCAGGACAAAGGGCGCAUGUUAGCACCAGGUAUAAAUGGGGCUUUUAUCUCUCGCUCUCUUUCUCCCCCAGGCUUCUGCAAGGAGAGGGCACAGAGCAGGGCUGGAGAGUGCUGAAGCUGGUGGCUCUCCUCUACCUGGCCGUGUUACUGGGCUGCACUGCCCUUAUCAACUUCUCCCUGGGCUUCAUCCUGGCUCUGUCCCUGGUGCCCAUCGCUGCCUUCAUCACACCACACACGCCCAAGUAAUAUUCUCAUCACUCUCACACACCCACAACUUUCUCCCGGUGUUGGGUGAUUUCUUAUAGAAGUAAUAAUUCUCAAUAUGUUGUGUUCUCAGUGAUGUUUCACUCUCUAGUUUAAUGUCUGAGUGCACAGUGCAGUGUUAGUUCUAUUGUCCCUGUGCGUGAAGAUAGUGUGUGUGUGUGUGUGUGUGUGUGUGUGUGUAAUGGCUCCCUCCCCCUCUUGUCGACUGUCUGAGUGCUGUAUUAAUGUUUCUCCUUCCAGGGUUCUGUAGUAAUGUCUUUACCCUCUCCCCAGGGCUCUGUCUGCAGCCAUCAUGGUGCUGUUAAAUCUCUCCCUACCAGCGUUGUGUAGUAACAUCUUUACCCUCUCUCCCCAGGGCUCUGUCUGCAGCCAUCAUGGUGCUCCUGAGCCCCGGCUGCACUCUGCUCUACUGCGUCUUCCUCUUCCAGGAGUUGCAGGAGACCCCUGUCUCCCUGCAAGACGGUUGGAUGCUCUUCCUGUCCGUCAUCUCCCAGGGCAUCCUGGACCACGCCCUCUAUGGCUCAUUGGUCUAUCCACUCCUGGCUCUGCUGAUCUACCCCUGUUGGUUGCUGCUCUGGAACAUCCUCUUCUGGAAGUAAACAACAGGUAACUGGGGGAAGACUGGUCCCAGACCUGCCUUUAUAUGGGAACUAUCUAUCCUGAGAUGUGAAACUGGUCUUGCCUUUAUGGAAUGAAGGUGUUUCCCCAAGGAGUAGACUGACUUGCCCAGAAGGAAUAGGAAGGGGGAGUGGUUAAGUGUAUUGGGUUGGGCUUGUGUGGCGGAAUUACAACUAAAAGGUAAUAUUGGGUUCAGGGCUUGUGUGCAUGGGAUUGGUUUGGUUUGGUUUAUGGUACCUGAAGGAAUAAAUAAUGCCCUGUUUGCUUUUUGGUUAUGUUAUUGGGCCUGAGUGGAUAUUCUAAGGGAUGAAACUGAACAAAAAUGUUUAAGGAAGCAGCAUCCUUAAGCCAACCUCUUGUGCAACUGAAGCCCUCCCGAAAACGUCCAUAAUAUACUGUAUGAACUAAGAAUUGUCUUUGCUUUAAAAGUUUUUUUAUACUUGUUUGUUUCAAUUAACUUUAUUUGAACCAUGUGUACAGACACUCAUUUAUAAAUGCUCAAAUAAAAACGUAACUCAAA